CAGUCCCCAAAAAAAACAUUUCUGACUCAGUAACUGGUAUUUUUAGUAAGGGGUUCAUUGUUUUUUAUUUUGUGCAACUGGGUCCAUCUCUGUUCCCUGUUUUUAUUUCUCUCCUUUGCUAUAUACGUAUGAAUAUCUCUCAAUUUGCAUUUCACGACAAGGUGGACUGCAGGUGCUGACUGUUAUUUCGCCAUUUUAUUAGCUUAUAAAGCUACCAAACAACACUCCCUCUCUCGUACGAUUCAACUCUUGCUUUCAUACCUUCUUUCUUUUCUUUUCUUUUUUUCAAACCUUAUAUUAUUGCUCUUUCUUUCUUUGGCACUCAGCUAAGUUUGCACCUCCUUGGUUUCUGCCACAUCCUUUCCUAUAAACAUCUCUGCCAAUUUCCAUUGCAAUUGAAGUUGGGGUUUUUUGAAGUUGAGCUGAUUUUCAAAUUUUGAGAUUUUGAGGGGUUGGAGGAAUUGGGAAGGAAGGUAAUCAUAGAGAGGAAAAUUAAAGUGGGUUUGAGAGAAAUGAUGCACAGGUGCUGUAGCUCUCAGGGAAACAUGGUGGGGCCUUGUUCAUGUGGUCUGUUUCAUAGCCAGACUAACUCCUUCUCGAUGUUAUUUUCCAUGCCUAACCACAAAUCAUUCGAUGAAACAGACAUGUAUCCUUUCCCGACGUCGUCCCCUUCUUCUGCCGUCGAUUGCACUCUCUCUCUUGGAACACCCUCCACCCGUCUCACCGAAGAUGACGACCACCGUAUCCACCAUGACUACCGCGCCCCUAACUUCUCCUGGGAUCACUUGUUGCAGUCCAAAAACUCACCUUACCCGCCACAACCACAGAAGCACGGCCGUGGCAGUAGUGGUAAUACUAAUGCUCCGGUAAAUGACCCUCUACUCGCCCGCCGUUGCGCUAACUGCGACACCACUUCCACGCCGCUCUGGAGGAACGGACCCAGAGGACCAAAGUCGCUCUGCAAUGCCUGUGGAAUUCGGUUCAAGAAGGAAGAGAGAAGAGCGACCGCCGCGAAUACCAACAAUGGCGGUGCAACUGCAUCGGGAAUAAUGGACCCGCACCAUGCUUACCACGCUUACCACGCACAGACCCAGAAAAUGCCUUGCUUCCCUCCGGCCAAUGAAUUCCGAUUCAUGGAAGACAACGAUCACGAUCCCGACGCCGGUAUUCCCUACCAUUCUUGGAGACUCAACAUCACGGACAGGCACACAAGUCUCGUUCAUGACUUCACGAGAUGAAAUAUAGUAUCGAUCACCAUGAUGAUAAAUGUCGAAGUUGAUAAUGAUUAUGAUAGCAACGCUUAAUUAUCAUGAUCAUGUGUUUUCAUCAUGUUUUUUUUCCUCUUUUUUGUUGCUUCUGUUUUUUUUUUUUCUUUUCCAUCUUAUAUAGAUGGAAUGAGAACCGUGAUAAGAUAAUUCUAUGUUCUUUGUUUAAUUUCUAUAACUUUUCUAUUUCAGUUAUAUAAAAAAAAACCUCUUGA